CCCGGCACAUGCGCACCGCCGCGGGUCGCGCGCCCUAAGGAGUGGCACUUUUUAAAAGUGCAGCCGGAGACCAGCCCACAGCCGCCUGUAUCUGUGUCCAGCCCGGGUCCCGCCUGUCCCAGCUGCGCGCGCCCCUCAGUCCCGCACCCGUUCGACCCAGGCUAGGUUAGCCCUCACCAUGCCGGUCAAAGGAGGCACCAAAUGCAUCAAAUACCUGCUGUUCGGAUUUAACUUCAUCUUCUGGCUUGCCGGGAUUGCUGUCCUUGCCAUCGGACUAUGGCUGCGAUUCGACUCUCAGACCAAGAGCAUCUUCGAGCAAGAAACUAACAAUAAUAAUUCCAGCUUCUACACAGGAGUCUAUAUUCUGAUCGGAGCUGGCGCCCUCAUGAUGCUGGUGGGCUUCCUGGGCUGCUGUGGGGCUGUGCAGGAGUCCCAGUGCAUGCUGGGACUGUUCUUUGGCUUCCUCUUGGUGAUAUUCGCCAUUGAAAUAGCUGCGGCCAUCUGGGGAUAUUCCCACAAGGAUGAGGUGAUUAAGGAAGUUCAGGAGUUUUACAAGGACACCUACAACAAGCUGAAAACCAAGGAUGAGCCCCAGCGGGAAACGCUGAAAGCCAUCCACUAUGCGUUGGACUGCUGUGGUUUGGCUGGGGGUGUGGAACAGUUUAUCUCAGACAUCUGCCCCAAGAAGGACGUACUCGAAACCUUCACCAUAAAGUCCUGUCCUGAUGCCAUCAAAGAGGUCUUCGACAAUAAAUUCCACAUCAUCGGCGCAGUGGGCAUCGGCAUUGCCGUGGUCAUGAUAUUUGGCAUGAUCUUCAGUAUGAUCCUGUGCUGUGCUAUCCGCAGGAACCGCGAGAUGGUCUAGAGUCACCUUACAUCCCUGAGCAGGAAAGUUUACCCAUGAAGAUUGUUGGGAUUUGUUUGUUUUGUUUGUUGUUUGGUUUUUGUUUUUGGUUUUGGUUUUUUUUGCCACUAAUUUUAGUAUUCAUCCUGCACUUCUAGGUAAAAGCUAAAGUUAUUUUAUGUUUGUCUUUUAAUGCUUCAUUCAAUAUUGACAUUUGUAGUUGAACGGGGGGUUUGGUUUGCUUUGGUUUAUAUUUUUUCAGUUGUUUGUUUUUGCUUGUUAUAUUAAGCAGAAAUCCUGCAAUGAAAGGUACUAUAUUUGCUAGACUCUAGACAAGAUAUUGUACAUAAAGAAUUUUUUGUCUUUAAAUAGAUACAAAUGUCUAUCAACUUUAAUCAAGUUGUAACUUAUAUUGAAGACAAUUUGAUACAUAAUAAAAAAUUAUGACAAUGUC